UAAGUCAAUUUCGGUUCGUUAAUCCCAAAUCAAACCAAUCAAGAAUCUUGGCAUCUUGUUCCAUCGAUUAACCAUUCAUCCAUGAACUUUUAUCGAGUUCAGUGGCUGUUCUAACGCAACCAAAUCCCCACAAAAAUGAAGAAAUCAAUCACCCAAACUCAAAACACUCAAUCCCCGUCACCAAUCAAACCAAAAAACAAUCAAACUCAAUCAAAUAACCACUACUAAUCGGUAGUAGUUCCCGUUAAUGGGUAGAUUGAGAACCACCCGUUUUCUCACAAGGUUCACAGCCGAUUUAUUGUUCCCAAAGACCCAUAAUUUUCAACCUAAUUUUGUUAUUCAUCGUCUCAUUAGACCCAUAAAUCCCAAUUUGGUACCUAAUUGUUUAAUACCCACUAUUAGUUUUUAUAAAUUUAGGGGCUAUUCUUCUUUUUCGACUGCUGCAAACCCUAUUUUUGAUCUCGGUGGUUAUGAAGAUGAACAGAAAUUUGCAGAUGAAUUGGUUGUGCGAGAUGAAGAUGAUGAUGAGUUGGGGAAGAUCUCUGUCAAAGCCAUCUUUCUCUGUACAAGUGUCGAUUUGAAGAGCUUGCAAGUAGAGCUUUCAAGCCAUGUUGUUCGUCCUACUUCCCGUUCAACCAACCAUACUGCCCUCAAGUUUUGUAAUUUUAAUCCAGAUUAUAUGGAAGCUGGCGUUGAAGAAAACUCUAGCUCUCAUAGUUACGUGGUGGUGUUCCAGUACGGUUCUGCUGUCUUGUUCAACGUUGAGGAUCAUGAAGUUGAGUCAUACCUUUCCAUAAUUAAAAGACAUGCCUCUGGGUCGGUACUAAAAGACUCAGAGAGAAGAAAUGAUGAUUACGUGAUCAAAGAGAAGCCGUUGUUACCUGAGGAUAUGCAGGGUGGCCCAGAUUACAUGGUCCUGAAAAACCUUGAUAUUGACAGUAUACGUAUAAUUAGCAGCGUGCUUGGCCAAAGUAUUGCGUUGGAUUAUUUUGUUUCGCAGGUUGAUGGAAUAGUUAAAGAAUUUACAGAUAUUAAUCGUAUGAUGGAGAAAACCGGCACAUUUACUAUGGAAAGGAAGAAGCUUUUUCAACUUGUUGGAAAGGCUAAUUCAAAUUUAGCUGAUGUCAUUCUUAGAGUAGGACUCUUCGACAGAUCAGAGAUAGCCUGGAGGGAGGCGAAAUAUGCUCAAAUAUACGAGUACCUUCGUGAGGAAUAUGAAGUCACACAACGAUUCGCAAAUCUUGAUUAUAAACUGAAGUUUGUGGAGCAUAAUAUUCAUUUUUUACAAGAAGCCCUCCAAAACCGAAAGUCUGAUCUUUUGGAAUGGGUCAUCAUAGUGUUGCUGAGCAUCGAGAACAUCAUAGGAAUUUAUGAAAUCAUACAGGAAUCUAGUUUAGUCUUGAUAUGAUGAAUAUACUGAUAAAAGAUAUAUUUAUUUUACAGAUGGUUUUUGUUUUUCUGGUUAGAACAUAGAAUUGAGAUAGAAAAAAGAUUCAUUUUAAGACCAAAGAACCUAUAUAUCCUUUGUUCAUAUUUAAUUCAACUUGAAUUGAAUGUGAAAUGAUAAAAAAUGCCUUAAA